AUGUCCGACGACUCCUCCGACCUAUCCUCUGUCCCUUCUGAGGAUGAGACUAAUUUACAAUUAACUAAAAAGGAUGGGAUCCUCAAGUUCUUCUCCAAAGCGCCUCGCCCGACUGGAGAACCCCGAGUUGAAGCCUCACCACCGCGCCCCAAACGAGAGCCCUCUCCCCCCCACGAAUAUGUAUUGGCAGAUAACCCAGAUAUCGCAUUCAUUGUCAUGUUUCGCGCCCGCUUCACAGAAGCCUUCGCAAAAUCCCUUGCGCAUUUCGGUCCCCAAGAACUCGAACGAGAUAUAGUUGAUACAGUCCCUGGAGAGCAUGUGGAGCAAUUUCUCUGCGCGUUGCUGGGAGUUUUGCUGAACAGGAAGCAAGAUGUGAAGGCCGGCCAUUAUAAUCGCGCGCUGGAGGAAGCUAUACAAACCCAUAAGUUGCAAUGGGCAAAGGACUGGGAGAGCAAAAAUCCGUUAUCAGGGGGUGCCACCUUUGCAACUAUGACCCCAACCCAGCGACUUACGCUGCUGCGGACACUCAUUCUCUGGUCCAUGUCCUCCUCCGACGCUGUUAAGGGUAUCAUACAGACAUCAUACAAGCAGAACCGCCACGAGGACGAUCUUAACCAACCACUCUCGGUACAACCUUGGGGUUCCGAUGGAGAUAAGCGCCGUUACUAUCUUAUUCAGGGUCUUGAUGACACAAAUUUCAGGGUUUACAGGGAGAGUAACCAUACUGGUAUCAAGCGAACUUGGUUCAGUGUUGCCGACGACAUAGAUAAUCUAAAGGCACUGGCAGAUAAGCUUUUCAACGAGGAUCGUGGCCAGAAGGCGAGAACUUUGAGUGGCAAGAUUAUGGCAGCAAUUCCUCUAUUUGAGGCUACACUAGAGAAGCGGAAACGUCGAGAAUACCGACAAGCUCGCAAGCACCAGUUCAAGCGACCGGAACCCAACUUCUCGAUGUACGAGGGCCGAACUCGCGGAAAGCGAAUGAAGUAUACGUACAGUGAGGAAGAAGAUGAAGGCUAUUCUGAUACCACUACUAGUCGUCGAUCUACUCGCAAUACUCGCGCCCAUACUCCUGCUGAAGGCCUCGGUCUUACAGUUACCCAGAGUGGUCGUCAAGUUAAGGCACGUCAAGGCGGUGCUUAUGGUGAGAGCAUACUUAGUGGCGCUCAAGGACAGGCGGUUACUGUCGAAGGCUAUGAAGGUAUUAGCGACGGGCCUGAAAAUGCAGCUGGCGGUGAUAAUGGCGGUCGCCCUCGCCGAGCAGCGGCAGCGGCAGCUAAUUCUACCAUCGGCCUGGCGCCCAAAGGAGGCCGGCAUAUCGAAGGCUACAACGAUGUAGACGAGAUGACGAGCGAUGAAGAGGCCGAUGCAAGUGAGCAAGAUUACGGUGACGAUGAGGAAGAAGACGAUGUCGUUCUUGCAAGUGAUGCUGAUGACCAGGACGAACUUAGUGAUGAGGAUGAGGAGAUGGAAGAUGGAGAGAAAAAGAGCCUUGUGGUGAAGCUGCCUGUCAAGACCCCAACUCCCGAGAGGAAGACAGUCAUCAAGCUUCGGGUAUCUCCAGAGAAGGAUGUCCCAAGAAGCCCAAACUUCUUUUCCAAUGCCACCGCUCCAGUCGAUUCCUCGAUAUCUCAAGGCAAAGAAAACGCGAAGCCCGCACCUGUCUCUUUAGGAAGGCCCGAAGCCCCCAAGCGUUCAACACCACCACCUUUGGCCCCAGCACCAUCCACUUCCAGAUCUCCACUUGCUUUUCGCCGCAGUCCAGAGAAACCCAAUACAUAUCCACCAUCCAUCGAUGUAGGCUACGGAAAACCAUAA